UUCUUUUCGAGAUAAUUGGUUUCUUCUUAAUGGAUGCUUUGUAGCAGAAAUCAAAACCAUUUUUAGUGAUAAUAUUUUUAAUUUUGAUUUUGAUUUUCUCUGCUGCUCCCUUGAAGUGGAGAAUAUGAAGAGAGGUUUAACAGUCUUGUUUGUUGCUAAUUUUUCUCAACCUGCUGAAUUAGCAUCUUGCCAUUUUCUGUUUUUGGCUUGUUAUUGUUCUACCCCGUACUCCCCCGGUUCAUUGUCUUCUCAAUAUCAUGAUUGCUCAUAUCGUUAUCUAGUCAAAAGUAUGAGAUUUGGUUACUUUCAAGUUGUAGGCUUGGUGCUUCUUAUAUCUUAAUCUACAAUUCGACACAACUCAGUAACUAGCUUGGUUUCCUUCAUUUUUCGCAAUAUAGCAUUAGCGAUUUGAUAACCAACAUGUUUUGAAUCACCGGAGUGUCUUUUAUUUGUUAAAAUUUGUGAUAGUUAUGAAGAAAGAUGUUCUGGAAUAAUGUCAUACUCAUAUUCAUCCUGUUGGCAAUAAAGUAUUUUAGGUAUGAAUAGGUCCACCAUUAGCACAUAAAAGGAGACAAGUGAACAGUAAGCUCCAAUAAUGGAAUGACAUGGCAAUUUAAACAUGAUUUAGAAAUCAAUAUAAAACAAAAAGAUAUGAUGAUUGGUUUCCAAACUUUUAUUACACUUGGCUGUGAUUUGAGCGUUGUAAAAGGGUGCACAGUAGGUGCAAGUUGCUUCUUCUGCUUUGUUAAGUGCUCUUGGUUGAAAUCUAAGCAUUGUUUAUAGAGAUCAGAAUGCUGUUUUGGCUAAAGUUCAAUGUUCUUAGUUGAAUUCUUUUAUUUGUAAAGUUUCGGGAUUUCUGGGCAGACUGUUGGUCAAUACCAAUAUCUCUAAUUUCCAUCGAUGAGCAAUUUGGUCUUAUGCUUCUUAUUGGGAAAUGAAAUAAGCAACUUUGGCAGUGGAAGUGACAAGAUUCAUCAUCAACUCUUUAUUUACUUCUAAACUAAUGGAGCUGCAUCCCAUCAUAAGUUCGAAGGGCAUGAACUCUCCGUCCACCCAGUUUGUCACCCCAAGUAGAUUGGCAAUUUAUGAGCCCAUUCAUCAACUUGGCACAUGGGGGGAAAACUUCAAAAGUAAUGGCAAUCCGAAUACAUCAACACCUAUGAUUGUGGAGGUGGAUACAAAACUAGAUACUCAGUCAGAGGAUACUUCGCAAGGAACGUUCCCGCUUUCUAACAAGUACGAACAAGAAGCAAGUAAACCUGUUGAUAAGAUACAAAGACGUCUUGCACAAAACCGUGAGGCUGCUCGUAAAAGCCGGUUGCGGAAAAAGGCCUAUGUUCAGCAGCUAGAAUCUAGUAGAUUAAAGUUAGUUCAGUUGGAGCAGGAGCUUGAGCGAGCUAGACAACAGGGUUUGUAUAUAGGUAGUGGAGUAGAAGGUUCUCAGAUGGGGUUCUCUGGACCUGUAAACUCAGGAAUUGCUGCAUUUGAGAUGGAGUAUGGACACUGGGUUGAAGAGCAAAAUAAGCAAACUUGUGAACUGAGGUGUGCUUUGCAGGCCCAUAUUAGUGAUAUAGAGCUUCACAUACUAGUGGAGGGUGGCAUGAGCCACUAUUUUGAACUUUUCCGCAUGAAAUCUAUUGCUGCAAAAGCCGAUGUUUUCUAUGUAAUGUCCGGCAUGUGGAAGACAGCAGCUGAACGUUUUUUCUUUUGGAUAGGAGGAUUUCGUCCUUCUGAGCUUCUUAAGGUUCUUGUUCCUCAUCUUGACACCUUGACCGAUUCACAAUAUAUGGAAGUUAGUAACCUAAGACAGUCAUGUCAGCAAGCGGAAGAUGCUCUGUCUCAAGGCAUGGAGAAAUUGCAAUCAACUCUUGCUGAAACUGUAGCUGCUGGUCAACUGGUAGAAGGAGGUUACAUCCCACGGAUACCUACUGCAAUGGAGAAGUUGGAAGCUCUAGUCGUCUUUGUGAACCAGGUAAGAAUCCGCAUCAUUGCCCAAUCAAGUAUGGCUUUAGUCUGGAUUCUUCGGAAGUAUAGCUGAUGUUUCUAUUGCAUGCUAUCUGUACUUUCAAUAUCUUUCAG